GCGUUGGGGGGGAACUAAAAAAGGCUUAUUGCUCCGAUAAUACUGAGCCUGAGUUAACCAAGGGCACGCCCUGUGAGAACAAGCUGAACAUGAAUGAAAACAUUCACUGUCCAUUAUCUUCUGCGGAGUAUAAUGAGCCACAUACCUCGGGCUUGCAGCUAGCCAUGUUAGCCUGUAAUAAUGGGAGUGAACAGCCAGCAGAGCCCACAAAUCCCUCCAAUGAAAAAGCCAGCCUCCUGAAUAGCGCUGAGCCAUCCAAAGCAAAGGAGCGCAGAAGCCCAGCCAAUGACAGCACCGGCCAUGGGGCUGAACAUCUGGAAAUGGCACCAGACCUAUGGAAGCAGAGCGAAAUGCAGAGAAACAGGGUACAGCAAACGCAAUCAGAGGGUGACAGCAGCAGUGUCAACGGUCUGGUGCUGAUGAACGGUUUGCAUACAGAGUUUGAGCCGAGGAAGGAGAGGGACUUUGAUGUCAAGGAGGUAACAGAGACACAGGGCAGCACAGCACCAAGGAGAAGUGACGCUGACUUGGAGGAGAGGGACUCGCCUAGCAAGGAGCUGUAUAGCAAGCUGCUCAGUGGUGUGCAUUUGCAGACCUUUCUGGACUCUCCAGAGGUGCUAAGUGCUGGGGACUCAGAGGAACAGCUAAGUUUCCGUCUGGUCACCCUUCUGGUGGAGGACCUGGAAAUGGUGACCUUUGAAUGA